GGAUACGAAUUGUAAUAUUCUCAUCCGAUACAAAUUAUCCUACCGAUACCUCAAAGCCGAAUUUCUCUCUCUCACUAUCUGUCUCCUCUCUUGCAUCACGCUCUCCAAUCUUCAAGCCCAUCCUCGCGAGCGAGAACCUCCGCAGCUUCCGGCGUCGACGGUGGCCACAGAUCCCACCGGCAAGUUCGUUCCACGUACAUACUAUCUCUAGGGUAUUUCUUUUGUGACAGUCUUACAGAGAGGACAAGGAUAUCACCAAAUAAGCCUUUUGUCGUUGCUCUCCAAUUCUCUCCAAUUUUGAAGUAAAGAGUGCUAGCUGUGGAGGCAGCUUGAAGCAAGAUUGACAUGAUGGAGACUUGCAAAAAAGAGGACCCUGUUUUUCUCGAGCGCGGUUCUCGAGCAACUAGAGGGAAAAGGAUGACCAAGUUGCUCAAUGAUGAAGUAGAAGAAGAUGAGCUGUUUUGGAAUCAGGAUGCUCUUAAAGAGGAAGAGAAUGAUGAAAUUUACGAGGAAGAAGCAGAGGCUGCCGAUGAGUUCGAUAGUGACUUUGAUGAAGAUGAACCUGAGACAGAUGAAGAAGUAGAAAAUGAUGUGGAUGACAGGAUAAAGACGAAGAAACGAUUAAUAUUUCCAGGAAAAUCUGUGACAAAGAAGGAGAAGAAAAAGAAGGUGCUUUCAAAAUUAGAAACAGAACCCCAGGAUGAAAGAACUUCUGAACAGGGUACCCUUCCUGAGCAUCAAAAUGUUCCUGAUGAUUUAGAAGGUGAGAGAAUUGUGAGGAAAUCUACAAGGACUUCUGUCAUUGUUCGGCAAGCUGAAAGAGAUGCAAUACGUGCAGCUUUGCAGGCAACAAUGAAGCCAAUAAAAAGGAAGAAGGAAGGUGAGGAGAAGAGGAUGACCCAAGAAGAGAUGCUUUUGGAAGCAGCUCAAACAGAAAUAAUAAACUUGAGGAAUUUAGAGCGUGUGUUAGCAAGAGAGGAAGAAGUUAAGAAAAGAGCAAUUGUGCACAAAGCAGUCUACAGUGGUCCGCAGACACGAUAUUUUUCAAAAAAUGGUAAGCUUGGUUACUCGUAUAUUGAAUUCAGUAAAGGGCUGUCAUUUCAGUCACAGAUUAGUACGACAUCCUCUCCUUAUCCAGGGAAAGCUUUGUGUGCAGUUACUGGAUUGCCUGCCAAGUAUCGUGAUCCAAAGACUGGGCUACCUUAUGCAACAAAAGAAGCUUUUAGAAUUAUUCGGGAGCGUUCUUUGAAUGAAAAUAGAAGGGUUGAACGGGAAAAAGACAUGGGGAUUCUAUUUGAUUCAAUCUCUGGGCAAGGAUUUUUGUCUAGGCGGAAGAGAUCUGUAAUUACUAAUAGAACCGAAGCACCACAUACCCAAUUCUUUGCCCGGUUCCGCAGAACUCCAGCUCUAGAAGAUGAAGAUUCAGACUAAAUGCCAUGGCUGGGUAAUCCUGGUUUCCUUUGAUAUCUUCUACGGUGUUUCUGUAUUUACACUAGGAAUGUCUGGUUGGGUUGGUUUGAAACUUCAGAGGUGGAGAAUGGGCUUGUGGCUUAUCUCCUGACCUCUGCGAGUAACUCUUGUUGGGGAGAUGGGGGGUGUAAAGGAAUAUAGGAGCUAGCAUUACUGGCUAGCCUGACAUUUUAACUUAAAAUAUUUCAGAAUAUAGGAUCUCUUAACUACAACAUUUUGUAGGUUUUUUGAAUGUCUGAACGAGGGACAUGACACGUGUACGUGCUUUGGUUUGGUAUACCUUCUUGAUUUGCUCA